AUCGACCGCAAAGAUAUCGAUUCGAAUGGAGGUGACGGGGACUCGUUCGUCCCGCCUCGCCUCGAGGUCCCGCUCUUCGAUACGGCCAGGCGAAAUCUGGAAAAGAGCACGUGGGACUCUCGAGUUCCGCCAGGACCGAAAGGGUUCAAAGUGGGGCUCUACCGACGACCGAUCGCGUCCUCGCAUCGAUCGGCCGUAAAUCGAUGCUCUCGAGGGACGGGGACGGAUGGGAUGGAGGUGGGGACGGAUGGGAUGGAGGUGGGGACGGAUGGGAUGGAGGUGGGGACGGAUGGGAUGGAGGAUGAGAGUGCCGACGGAUUGAAUGUUUUCUCGCCGCGAUCGGACCUGAUCGGACGGAGGCAUCCGUCUUCUCGCGAGAAGAGCGAGAAGACGGUGGAGAACGGUGGAUCGAAAAUGGAAGCCCUUGGGUCGACGACGACCGAGUCUCGAGACUUUCUUCUUUUCCUUCGCUUCCCCUUCUCGCGGGGGAGGAACGACACGUCGACGCGGUGGAAGGUGCGACCGGUCGCCACGGAGUCGGGUGACCUCGGAGAUCGAUCGAACGAUGAUACGAACGGCACGGACGUCGUCGGGAUCGUCGCGUUCCUCCGGUCCGGAGUACCUAUAGGAGCAGAGUCGGGAUUCCGCGAAAUCCUUUCCUUCGCACUCGCCUCGAUGCGAAAUCAUCCCAAGGAUCCUUCCGAGAACUGCUUCUCUCGUCUCUCUCGUCGCAUCCGGAUCGGGUCGUUUUACUCGACCGAAGUCGACGAGAGGCCGAGCGAUUGCCUGGAGAAACUCUCCCGUUCGCUAAAAUAUCGUUACGUUCAGCGGCAGUUCGUGAUCCGCCGGCUCGACGAGGUAGGCCUCCCCACCCGGCUCCCCACCCGGUUCCACACCCGGCUCCCCACCCGGCUCCUCAUACGGUUCCCCACCCGGCUCUCCACUCUGCCGCCAUUCACCGGCUGCUACGGAUCACGAGCCUCCACCGCUCCUUCGUCCGUGGACGUUUCGGCCGGAAUCGGAAUCAGGAUCGAGUCCUCUCCGGUUCCUCUUUCGUUUCGCGAUCCGGAGUCUGCAAGGAACGACCGCGACCUCUUCCGGUACGGACGCUUCCGUUCGCGUCCGUCGUCGUGCGAUCUCGGGAGUUCGGCGAGCCGGGAACGCCUCGUUCCGCGAAAGGGAACGGUAAGGGAAUCCGGGGUCACCGGGAACGGCGGGAAUCCCCGAUCCCUCGGGGACGCGAGCGCGAGGGAGAGUUCCGUCUCGAAGAUCGAGCGUUCCCGGGAGAGAGAGCGAAAAGAGGAGGUUGGAAAGUUCGGGAUCCCGUCCGUCCGUCGAUGUUACCGAUCGUUUCCGACGUCGAGGUUCGUCCCGCCGAGAUUCUGCCGAGCCAUCCACGGUCGACAUUUUCUCUCGGCGCGAUUCCUCGAAACGUCGCCCGUCCUUCCGUCCUUCCGUCCUUCCGUCCUUCCGUCCUUCCGUCCUUCCGUCCUUCCGUCCUUCCGUCCUUCCGUCCUUCCGUCCUUCCGUCCUUCCGCCCUUCCGUCCCAUCCGGAAGCGCGAAGGAGAGUGAAAGCAUUUGCACUCGCGUCCGUCCGUCUCUCCCAUCGAUCGGCGACGGUCGCAAACCACGAGCCGUCUUCUUUCUUCUUCGGACUCCCUUCUUCGAUAAUGGAUCGACUCCGAUUUCUUUCCCCGUCCCCCCUGAUGGUUUUUUGCGCCAACGAGUCGAGUUCGGGCCGAUCCCGUCGCCUCCUUCUCUCGUUCGGGAGACAUCCUCGGUCGCUCGAGCGCCUCCUAUCGUUCUCGUGCGUUCCGCUCCGUCUCGCACCGUCCGCGUCGACGAAAUCGCCACCUUUUACGUUCGGGAGGAAACGGGAGCAAAAAGGGAGUGCAGAGAAGCGACGAACCCUUCCGUCGCCGAGGUCUUCGGUGAUCGCUUUUCACCGAGGGGUGUCGCUCGGAGCACCCGAGUCCGACGGGAUCGUUUUCGCGCCGGUGACGUCGAAAUCGCACGUCUCGACGGCUCGAUCGGAGAAAGACGCAGACGAACGUUUCGCGAAUGUCGUUUUCGAAAAAGGAGUGUCGACGCGGGUACCGUCGGGACACCCCUCGUCGAGGGAAGGGUCGAACGACGAACUCCAUCGAGGAAGGGAGAGGGAGCGAUGGCGAAGCGGGCCGGAAGACGGGGCGACGCCGGUCCGACGUACCGUGGAUCUACCGUACGGGAUGAGUGGGGGAGAGGAGGGAGGAGGAUCGAAUUGGACGUCGAACGUGUAUCCCGGUCUCGGAGCCAUCCCCUGGAUGUUCAGCAGUCAAGAAGAGUGUGAGGCCUUCUACGCCAACAUCACUUUCGGAUUCGUGGCUCGAACGAAGAUUCUCACGACCGAAGCCGGACGACGCCGAAGCAGCCGCUACGGCGAGUCGAUAUCCGAUGGGGCUGGAAUCGGUCCCCGAUGUUUCCCACACCCUGCCCGAUCUUUCCACUCGGCCACGACGAGGAAACGCGUUCCGAUCCUUCGACGAAUCGGUUCUCGAGAAGUAACUCGGCGGAAGGAGUCUCCGGAAAGCUUCCGGCUCGGAGGUUCUUCCGAGGACGGUUCCACUUCUUAG